CCGCACCGCGCGAAGCACGCAGCAGCAGUGAGGGAUCUGGGCUGGCUGUAGCCCUGCCUACGACGCCACCGACGCCGCCACCGUCCUCGCUGCCGAAGACGGCGCAGGCUUCGAUUCCCGGGCAAUGAGGACCUGUUCUGCGUGAUGAACUCCUGUAUCACCUCCGAGGGCCCGUCUGCGCCUCCGGCGUGGGCUUUCAAAGAUGCGACGACGAGAAAAGCAAGACGCCCUGUGUGUUCAAGUUUCGCUCGCUUAAUGCUCCUGCUACUCCUGCAGGCCAAGUUCAGCGUCAGCGGCGAGCCUCCACCCGCGUCUCUCGCGAGCAGUACUCGGACUCCUCCCACAAGGGAGCCGCCGUUAACGGCCGCGAACGCCAGCUGCGCUUUCGCCGGUUGUGCUUCGACCGUCGAGGACGGUACGUCGGGGUCCCUGGAAACGACAACGUACGUCGCGACCACGACGAGCCUGAUUCAACAGGCGAAGGAUUUCUUUUCGACGAGCGUCACCCCCACCGCUCACGAAGUAGUCAGCGCAGCUCCACCGUCCAGUUCGAACCGUCCCGCAGUGAGGAAUGAUUCCAGCUUGGGUCUCUCCGGUGGGAACGCGAGUGAAAUCCGGAGAUCUUCGGCUCAGCUCGGUGAGGUUCCGGUAACGGAAUCGCCUAGGAGCUCGGAGGGCCCCAAACAGCUAACGACGGAGACGACAGGGUCGGUGACGGGAGGUGCGACUGCCCCAGAGAGGAGGACGACGACGCUGCAGCCACCCACCGACGUCACGAGGGCUGGAAAGCCGCCGCGCCGCAAGUUCCGCAAGGGGCAGCGUCGUAACGGUGGCGGCGACCGCAGGAACGCGUCGCUGGCGACGUCGUCUUCACCGUGGAGGGAGGAAACUCGCUUCCUCUGGGAACCCCGUGAUCCGGUUCCGGUGCCGGGCUAUGCGUUCGGCCUGGCGUUCGGCGCCGUCGCCCUGGCCGGUCUCGUGGGCGCCGGCACCAUGUGCGGCGGUGGCGGCGCGAAGCCCAUGCUGGGCACCGCGUGGGCCACUGCCGUCACGGCGCUCGUUGUCACCUCGGCGGCGUCGCGCGCUGCGGCGCUGCUGCUGCUUCCGGUGCCACCCUGGAGGCGCCUGCUCCAGGCGUCAUCUCCGGCGGGACUGUUCCUGGCGCUGGCCCUCUUCUGGCUCGCACUGUGCAGGCCCGCUCUGUCUCGCCUCGUGGCAGCUGGCGUCUGCUUCGUGGCGCUGUGGGUGCUGCCCAUCGUGGCCGAGUCACAGGCCGGGGCGCUGGUUGACGCCCGGCUGCUGCUGGUCACGCGACUGGCAUCGCUGGCCGCCGCCUGCCUGGUCAUCCUCGCUGCGCUAGUCGCCUUCCCCUGGCUUCGAAGGAUGGCGCUGAGGUCGCAAGAUGCCCUGCUGUGCUCGGCCUUGGCCAAAAUGCAGGACGAUGCGGCGGAGGUGCCGAGGCGGCUGCCGCGACCCAUGGCCCGGACCACCCUGCGGGCCGCUCUGUCGGCCACGCUGCUAGGCCUUGCGCUCGCCCUGCUGCUGGGUCACGCGGCGUUGCACGCGGGUCAAGAGGCCCACCCGCGCUGGCUGUGGUGGACCUGCCGGGGCCUGACGCUGCUCGCCGAACUGAGCGCCGACGCCUGCCUGGCGUUCGCGGCGUCCAGGCCCGCGGCGCGGUGCCACGCGGCGGCGCCGACCACGGCCACGCUGCUCACGCCGCCCGGCUUCUCCGCCGACGCGUUCGGCAGGCCCGGCGGCCACCGCUGCAGCGCCAUCGGAGCCCGGGGGGACCCGAGCGAGGCUGCCGCGCUGUGCGACUCCCAGUCGCCGGCCAAGACAGGCCUGCUCGGACACACGACGUUGCAGCGUACGGCCCUCCUGUUCCACGACCAGUGCGUCUCCAGCAGCGUGUCCACGUCCAGGUUCUGCUCGGCGGCCGGCGGAAGCCGCGACGGCACCAGCAGCGACGACGACGGCGACGACGCCUCGCACCGGGCGCUGGCCGGUUCCACGGCGCCGGGCACCGUGGACGGCUCGCCCUGGUCGCAGGCGCACAGCAGCGCCUCCUUCAGGCGGCUGGGCAGCAGCACGUGCAGCUCGGAGAGCGCCGCGCACAGCUUCGACCUCGCCUGGGGAGGAGGCGGGGGUGCGCUGAGGCCCCCGCAGACCCUCAGGCUUGACCUCAGCACCGGACACCACCACCACCGGCGAGGCAACGGCGUCGGCGGCGCUGGGGACGCCAGCGAGGACGUCACGCCGGACUCGGCCGUCUACGUCGACCUGUCGCCGGAGCUGCGCCGCAGCGAGGGCCACUCGCUGGACAAGCUGCAGAGCAAGGGCUGUCCCUGCUGCGCCGCGCGCCGUCCCUGGCGGAGGGCGGCCCUUCAGCGGUACGCCCUGAGCGCCUCCCGGUUCUCCCUGAGCGGGUACGAGCCGCUCCGGCGCGAGGACGAUUGUCGCUGCUGCGCGGUCGACCAGGACCCCUUGCGGCAGAUCAAGGCGUGCGCGGUGACCAAAGAAGAGUGGCACAGGAACCUCCAGUCGCUCCCGCCGCCGGCAUCUUCGGCUUUUUGAGAAGGCGGCGGAAUCGUUGCCGCAGCCACGGCUUUCCUGCCACGCCACGCGAAGCGCGUAGUAAGCUGUCACCACUCAUUCGCUCCGCGGAACAGUUUCAGUGCGUUCUGGAGAUUCCAAAAGGUCGGCCUCGUUUCCCGAGAGCAACGUUUCCUAGCCCUCCAUCGUCUGGUGCCGCAGAUGCAUGAACAAAUGAACCACGAGGAGUUUCACUGCUCCUGAACUCUAACGACUGUCUCGAGACAAGACGAGCCCGUGUGAAGGCCUGAACUUUAAUUUUCAGACGCUUUGGCCUGAAGAGCACGUCUUCAGCUCCACGAGGAAAUGGAACCGAUGUGCUCUACGCUUCUUCUUGUGCUGCGAUGAUAGCGAACGGCUGUCUCCCGAUACUCCGUUUAUGGCACGCCAAAGAAGACAUGUGACCACGACGACGUCCAGUAGCCGCGUGCUCCAAGGUCAAAUCCGUGAUGCGGACUGUUAGAAGUGAGCUCAGCUGAACACGGUUUUUGCAGAGUGCGCGCCCACUUGCACCAACACGCCGAGGCGAACGCGUGCGAGGCCGAAGCGAGGCAUUGUUCCAUGACGAGGCUAGUGUAAGAACUGGCAGUGACCACGACGACGUCCCAGAACCGACGUGACAUCCCCGAUGUGGUUGCAGUGUGCGUACUGUCGUUCUCAACGUGAUAAGCAUUGCAUGGACGCGAAACGAAACUAUCCCCCGUUCUCGCGUACACUGCCGCUUCUGUCGCUCCUUCUUUUCGUUUGCCUACAAUGACAUAUCACCUGGAACGUUGCGCUUGUAGCGCGUAGUUAUACACAACUAUUCGGAGCAAAAAAAUACUCAACCCAUACAGUCGUCCUCAUCCUACGAGCGCUAUCCUACCCGUCUUCCCGGUACUCAUCACUGUGGGGUAGGAUUAUGAGGUACGGAAGACUUCGAAACUCGAGAGUAGUUUUAAAUUCGAUAGUUAAGAAGUUGUAAGGGUUAACUCCAUUUACGCCAAACACCUUUGCGUACCUCUACCAAUCCACUUUGCUCAUUCUAUUCCGUCAACACUGCUGGCGCUCUCCAAAUAUUACGACAAAAUGGUUUUAAGCACUUUAUGUUGCCAGAACAUGUAAUUAUGUUCGUCUCGGCUAUUCGGUUUUCCGAAAAUCAAUUGAGGAAGGUGGGAGAAAAGAGGUUAAGCCCAGAUUUGGCUUGGUUUGGCUUGGUGCCUAAUGGUAUGUUUCAACCUACUACGCGGGAUAGGAGCCGCAGCCCUUGUCCCGUCCAGCCUCUUUUCGCUCAAAAACUGGUUUAUUUAUAUCCUCAACUCAGGCGUGAUAAAGCACCAGGGUCGCGUUGUCUUGCACGCAGAAUACUAGGGAAAACCAGGGAUGACCAAUUAAAUAAAAGUGGGUGGUGUAUCGACGAAACUCGGCACUUCGCAAGGGUGAAAAAUACACGGGAAACGAUAAAGAAAACAAGCGCCGCCUCGUAGUUUGAUUUAUUUUCGGAAAAAGGGGGUCACGCAUGUAUAUACAUGCCAAAUCACAACAGUGGACACGUGCAGAACGUCUCCGUCUACAUUGGUACACGUGCGUCAUUUCUCCCAGAAAUAAACGGCAGUUGCGAGUCAGCGUUCCUCUGUUCCUCCAUGCCUGUCUGUCGUCCUUGUGCGCGCUGCAUUUAAAAGUCAUGAACCAGUUGUAUAAAUCUCCCAGCUCGCUGCGUGAAGUGACGGAGUCGCGUGGUCUUUCAACUCAUGACCGAGCAACACUUCCACCCUUCUGCUUGUUUUUUUUUUUUUAAUUAUUAUCACCUCUCUCUCUCUCUCUCUCUCUCUCUCUCGUUAUUUUUGUUCUGACUGAAGUGCAAUAUAGGGACGAUCCCAAGGAGCCAAUUCCGGACCUGUUACAAUGUAAAUCAAGCUAGGCUACAGUAAAUGAUGCUUAAAAUUGCAUAGUUCCGGAAUUUACGUGCAACAACUACUAUCCGAUUAUGCGGGACGCCAUAGUGUACUUAAAUCAACGUACACGAGCGUACUUUGCAGUUCAUCCCCCCCGCCUCGAAAUGCGAUCGCCGCGGCCGGGAUUGAACGAACGACCUCGAUCUCAGCAGUGUAACACCAUAGCUGCCGGGCUACCGCGGCGGGUACAGGAAGUCUGAAGCUUUGCAUCACGCGCUGGAGGGUAACAAAGGCUUGCAGAACCUUGAGAGAGAGAGAAAUGAAACGAAGAAAAGGAAAAAAUAAAGAAAAGUGCAACC